AUGACGCAAAAUGUACCUUCGCGCCCACCCCUCCUCCCAUCUCAACAACAGAUAGCGCUUGCUCUUGCUAUCGUUCGGAACUACGCCUUACAGCUUCGUGCUCAAAUCAAGCGCGGCUCAGACCCCAGAGAGCAAGAGAAUGCUGGGUAUUAUAUCGAUCAGAUCACGUACUGGAAGGAGCGAUGUCAACAAGCUGAAGAUGAAUGCGGCAAACUUCGAGGCAUCAACAUCAAGCUCGAAAGAUCGAAUCACCUACUAUCGAGUCUCUCCGGCCCUAUCUCAGAUGUUGAUGCAGGUGCCCACACUGUCAAGCGCAAAACAUCGACAACAUCGCCCGCGAGGUCUAAGCCGCCGAGACAAACACAGAAAAAAUCCCGGCAGCCGGCUGUCGCUGUCCAGGAAACCAUCGAGAAUGACUUGGAUUUCCUAGAAGUGCUUGGCAAAGAUGGUUCCAACCUCACAGAAGCCUUAUACACUACGCACACGUUGUGCAGGUCUGACGAACCGGAUGCUGAGACUCUAUGUUCCUAUCUUGUGCAAAUCGCUUUAGGUAUCGGCAAAGUCAUACUUGUUGUCGCCCAAAAUCACGAGCAACUCUCGCGGCAAGGGCGCAGAAGCAUAGAAGCGAUGUCGUUUGAUCAGGACAAAUCCGAUUUCGCCAUUGCCUUAUCCAUCUGCGCAAGGGCUUUUAUGUCGUUGCUUGUUGGUACAAGUAAGCUCUUGGAGUGCAACGCGGAUGCACGACUCGCGAGUAUGGUCGUAUGUGAGGUAGCGGACAUGUUCAAGGCUGCAUUGCUAUCAAUCGAAACCUCUGCUCGACAAACAGCGCAGACAUUUUCAACCCAGCCAUCUCCACAAAAGAAUACCAAGACCAAGACGUCUCCUCCUAUAGUGAAAGAGUCUAGUCCAGCCAGAGCAGUUGCCCAUCUGCUGAUCAGCUUCCUCGGAUUUCUCGAGAAAACCGAUCCUGUGCAUCAAAAGAUAUUUGAUGGAUUUGUUUUCGUUCUGUUCGAACGUGUCGGAAAGAGGUUGUAUUACUUCACCUUUGGACAACAUCGCAGCACGUCCAUCGAAGGUAAUAUUUUGCCACCAACCGAACCAAGAGAUGCUGUCGAGGCGGCGAGACGAGAUACUGACGCCUUUGCGACCCGUCUUGAAGUCAAAGCACUUGUCUUGAUUCUCGAACGUGCGAUGGGUCUAGCUCCAAACCACAUGAACCCUCAAAAGCCUCGCCCUAGCUCUGCAUCGAAUCGCCCCGCCCGUACGCUGAGCACCAAGACUCCUGUUACGAGCACCAGGGCGCGCUUGAGCCCUCUGGCAAGAGAACGCUUGCAGCGAACACUGGUUGCGUGUAUGUAUGGAAAUAAUACCGAUGACGAGUUUCUGGACGUUCUUACAAAGCCCAUUCCAGCCAUGCGACUUGGUUCUAUGCAAAACGUAGCUAAAAUCGAUGACAAGGACGUGGAAACUUGGUACAAGGAGGAGGUUUGGCGGCUUGUUGGAUGGGAUGUUUUGGCGAGGGAGGGCGCGUGGUGA